AUGCCUCCAACCAUCUACUUCGGCGUUGAGCUGGAGUUUUGUCUCGGAUACCCAGCCAAUGGGCAAACUGGCCUCCUCGCUACGAGCCCCCUCGCUUCGAGCUCCUUCGCUUCGCCCCCUUUUUCCGCCAACUUCACUUCGACAGAUUCAGAAGAAGUACGGAAACAAGUCAGAGAUCGCGCAGCAAGAGCGCAUAUUGGCCGGACUUUCCUUACUGAAGGCCUGCCGUACAAGCCAAGUGGGACGGACAAUGACAAGCCCAACGAAGAUCCAGAUCACUGGUCCGUUAAAGAUGAUGAUUCCAUUCUCGAAGGCGGGCCACGGCCGGACUAUUCUUGUCGAUUGCGGCUGUCGGACAAGCUUGUCACAUCCUCAACAACCAUUACUUUACCAAUGUCUUGUGGUCUCCAUGUCCAUUUCUCCUUUGGUAAAGCUUUUGACAAGAAUGUCCCAGAAGCAAACUGGACUUUUGAGCGUUUGAAGAAGUUGAUGAUGUUCUUUUGGGUUUUCGAGGAUCACUUCGAUACCCUGCACUCAACCCAACGACGCAAGGAUAGACAUAGGUGUUACAUGGUUAUGCGCCGCCAUACCCCUAUCAGCUCGAGCACCUUGUCCAAAGGACUCAACAAAAUCAAGAACACCACCUCGGUGAUUGAACUCGCACGCUUGGUAUCUCGAGAAGAAGCUGAGAGGGAAAUGGCAGUAAGCAUCUACCACAUCGCACAGAGACUUUCUCCUGGACACUUGAUCGGACUCACGGUAAAUGGUCAACCGAAGGCCUACACUCCAACAGUGGAGUUUCGUAGACACAAGGGAACUUUGAGCUUCGCAGGAGUAAGCAACUGGAUCAAGACUCUGGCGGGUGUCAUUCUGUGGCUGGAGGACAAAAAUGUCAACGAUCUUCCUGAACUUCUGAUGGAGUUGUCGCGCAGAGUGUAUGAGCUGUCAAAGGAGGAAACAGAGGGUCAAGAUGGUGGCGAUGAAACAAGGGACGGACUUGGAAGUGAAGACGGAAGUCAGAAGGAAGUCAGAGAACGAAAAUUCCCCAUCAUUGAGCUAUUGAAGAGUAUUGGCCUUGAUGCCGGUAUCACUGGGUACUACUACCGGGAACUGCUUGUGGGGCGUGGAAGCGAGCUGCGGGAAUAG